AUGGCUGCAAUGGAUAGCCGUUAUCUUAUGCGGGACUACAACACGGCAGGUUCAGAGUGGCAACGACUUGACGAACUGCACAAUGGAAUACGGAUAUUCCUAGAUGGCCAGCUGUCCUUAGCAGAUAUCAGCAAUCCGCGUGAAAUUAUCGAUAUUGGGGCGGGAUCGGGAGCAUGGGCUCUUCAAGCCGCUCAGAUGUUUCCUGAGGCUCAUGUCGUUGCAUCAGAUAUAAGUCCGCUGCCACCCCGUCUAUUUCCUCCGAAUGUAACAUUUGAAGAAAUCGACAUCCUCAAGCCGAUCUCAGGCAAACAAGAGUGUUUCGACGUGGUUCAUAUUCGUCUCGUGCUUUACCAUAUCCUAGAAAAACAUAUUCAUGACGUUCUUGAAAAGGCCACGAUGAUGCUCAAACCCGGAGGCUGGCUCCUUAUUGAAGACUUCGGGAGACAUACUGGCCAUGAGACCAGUAAAGGCCCUGCGAUGGCAACGUUUGAGAAAAUGUACAUCGGGAUGCUUCGUUCAAAGGGUCUGGAUCCUAUUAUCGGUGAACACGUGCAGGAAUACCUGAAGGAACUGAACUCGUUCAGUGAGAUCAACGCGAACUGCGAACGCCUUGUACUUACGACCAAUGAAGACAACGCCGGCUCAAAAGUUCGAGCUCUGUCAGACGCAGUGAGAGUCACUAUUGAAAGACUCGUCACAGGCGUCAUCGGUGAGGAUAUGAAGUCAGUAGGUCUGACGCCGGAGCUACAGAAAGCAUGGAAGGACGAACGAAACGAUCCGGCAUUCCACACGACCUAUGACUUUUGGUUUACCUGGUCUCGAAAGAAAAUGUAGAAUUACGACGUUCCUACUGUUACAAUGUUUUGAAUUAGCUUCUACAAGCCUCCUGGCCUUAUAUUGAUAGCAAGACACUGUUCAUAGCUAAGUAUCUGGUUAAGUGUUUAGAUCUGGGCAUUAUUCAGACGAAGGUCGUGAAUCGUGAUGAACGUGCCUGUCAGUCCGGAUCACCACUCGCCAUAAAUGAUUCGCGUUUUUCUCUAUGCGGGUGGUGUU